AAAGGCUUUAGUGUGUAGCAGGAAAUGUCACCAGGUUGAUGAGCCUAACCAGACCACUUAAUGCUCUCCAUCAGCUCUCAGGCUGAGGCCAUGGGCCAGCAGGCAGUGCUACCUGAAACCACUUUUAUAGAAGUUUUUACACCCUGUACGUGAUUUUUGAUGAAAACAUUCUUAACAAUAAAUCCAAAUGGCACACCCAAGUUUAUUUCCCGUAAGUAUAACAUAUAAAACACUUGGCAGGUUGGCCCUCUUCCCAGCAAUGUCUAUAUCUCCUCUAACACCCUGUAACUUAUAUCACACUAGCCUGGGACCUCACCCAUGCACAGCUGUGAUCCACUAAAAACUCUCUCAAAACUGCCUCCUCUCCCUAGGUCAGCAGCCUCCCACUCCUCAGCCUAGUUAUAACUCUGCUGAAAAAAAAAAAAGUUGAAUAUCACACAUGAACAGCAAACCCAGAAAUUCAAAAUCAAGCUGGAGGUAAAAAAUUUCUCAAGGGACUGUAGAUGUGGAUGCUUAGAGUGUUGUCUCAUUGGUAAACCUGAAGAGGCCGGUGUGACACUCAGUCUCUAUACCCUAAUCUUGGGUGCUAUGAUAUUUAUCUUAGUCAUCAUUUUCUAGCCCAGAGUAUUUUGCGUAGCCUGCAAGAGUGCAGAAAUUGUUUCUUAAGUGCUUGGUAAAACUGUAAAAUUAAUAGUGAUGUUCAUUAAUCUCACUAAAUAGGCAGUAAAUUCCUUGAAGACAAGUGCCUCGGGCACCACAUCUUUAUCUUUGGUUUAUGAGUCCUCGGCGCCUUAGUACAAGGAAUGCCACCGGGCGGCAGUCUGAAAUCCUCCGCAGGGGGCAAAGGAAAGGACGUGUGAGUUACCAUUGCUCAGAAAACACUUUGUUCUUCUCUAUCCUCUGCUGGGGCGGCAGGCAAAGGGAAUGUUCUUAUGACUAUUCACACCGAAAACUUAGUUUCUCACACAAUGCACAGCCUCCGUCGGCCACGCGGCGGUGGGAUGCUUCCACAACGGGCGGGUCUCAGCGGGCCACGGGGUCCUGGCCAGCGACGUGGUGGCCGCGCCCCUGCCCGCACGUUCCCGCCGCCUCUCGGACUCCCUCCCUCCGGCGGGCGUCGCUGGCGGGUAGCAGGGCCGUGCGGCCGGAAGCGGACUCGGAUCCUCGGUCCUGCGGGGCGGCUCUGCCGGGCCCCUGGUGCGCCCUCCGUCCGUGCCUGCGCCUGCUCCCGCGCCACAGCGGCUUUGGGAGGGCCCCGCGUCCCCUGCGCGCGCCCAGGGAUGAACUGGGCCUUCACUGCGUAAGGAGAAGGCUCGGGCCACCGUGAGCUAGAGCCGGCGCGGGGCGCGCGCGGAGAUGCCCCGGACCUCUGAGACGGGGUCCUGAGCAGCGGAUGAGGCGCCUGUGGGGCGCGGCCCGGGAGCCCGGGAGCACCGGCUGGGGUGGGGAGCGGGCGGGGACGCAGCCAGAGACGCCCGGGGCCGACCGGAGCUGGCCAGGGGCAUCGGGGCGGGCGGGGCGGGCGGCGCCCGGCUGCGCUGCCUGGCCGGCUCACCUCGCUCUGGCGGCGCGCCCCGCCCGGGACUCAGGAGGGGGAGCCGGCCCGCGGCCUCUGGAUUCCGAGACCGCCCCCUCCGGCUCCCGGGCCCGCGGCGGGUGGCAGCGACGGCGGGAGCCGCAGCAGCAGCAUGAAAGCCGGUGCCGUUCCUCCACGCCAGCGGACGCGCGGCGAGCGGCCGCGGCUCUGCCUGCGCGCGCCAUGGGGGCGCCGUGGGGCUCGGUGGCGGGCUGGCGGCGGCGCGGGCGGCGCACGGUCCGGGGGCCGCGGUGGACCGCCUCGGCGCUGGCGGCUGCCGGCCUGCUGUGUACCGCGCUGGCCGCCUACGCCUGCUGGGAGCAGCUGCCGCCGCUGCCCUGGGGAUCCCCCGCCCCGUCGCGGCCGGUGGGCGUGCUGCUGUGGUGGGAGCCCUUCGGGGGGCGCAGCGGUGCCGCGAGGCAGCCCCCCGACUGCCGGCUGCGCUUCAACAUCAGCGGCUGCCGCCUGCUCACCGACCGCGCGGCCUAUGGGGAGGCUCAGGCUGUGCUCUUCCACCACCGUGACCUCGUGAGGGGACCACCCGACUGGCCCCCGCCCUGGGGUGCCCGGGUGCGCAUCGCGGAGGAGCUGGAGCUGCGCGUUUUAAACGACGAGGAGGAAGCGGCGGCGGCGGCCAAAGCCCUGGCGAUCUCGAGCCCCAGACCCCCGGGCCAACGUUGGGUGUGGAUGAACUUUGAGUCACCCUCCUACUCCCCGGGACUGCACAACCUGGCAAGUGACCUCUUCAACUGGACGCUCUCCUACCGGGCCGACUCGGAUGUCUUCGUGCCUUAUGGCUACCUCUACCCCAGGAGCCACCCCAGCGACCAGCCAUUAGGUCUGGCCCCACCGCUGGCCCGGAAACGCGGGCUGGUGGCCUGGGUGGUGAGCCACUGGGACGAGCGCCAGGCCCGGGUGCGCUACUACCAUCAGCUGAGCCAGCACAUACCUGUGGACGUGUUCGGCCGGGGCGGGCCAGGACAGCCGGUGCCUGACAGCGGGCUCCUGCACACAGUGGCCCGCUACAAAUUCUACCUGGCUUUUGAGAACUCUCAGCACCUGGAUUAUAUCACGGAAAAGCUCUGGCGCAACUCGUUGCUCGCCGGGGCGGUGCCAGUGGUGCUGGGCCCAGACCGUGCCAACUACGAGCGCUUCGUGCCCCGCAGCGCCUUCAUCCACGUGGACGACUUCCCUAGUGCCGCUUCCCUGGCCGCCUACCUGCUCUUCCUGGACCGCAACCCUGCAGUCUACCGCCGCUACUUCAGCUGGCGCCGGAGCUACGCAGUGCACAUCACCUCUUUCUGGGAUGAGCCUUGGUGCCGGGCCUGCCAGGCCGUGCAGGUGGCUGGGGACCGGCCCAAGAGCAUACGCAACCUGGCCAGCUGGUUUGAACGGUGAAGCCACCCUUCUCCGGCAAUGACCCAGGGAGGCCAAGAUGUGGGCUUUUUCUUUUCUUUUAUUUUACUGUGCAUCUCCUUGACUGCCGAGUAAUGGGACUAAGCUCUCCAAACACCCAUUUUUGCUCUAUAGGAAGAAGGUGAAUUACCAAUUAAUAUUUGGUUUUGCAUGACAAGCAGUUGGGUUCCCUCUGCUGUUGAUGGCCAUCAGUGUUCAGAAGUGAAGAACGUGGCCCUUGUGCACCUUGUACCCAGUGCAGAGAUGAAGAAAUAGCUUAGCUACAAGAAGCCAUUUGAGGCGUUUUUUUUUUUUUUUUAAUUUCCUUGUUUGCCACAGGUCGUAUUUCUGGCCUGCGCAGCAGCCUCCAAAUCUCAAACACACUGCUCCUCGACUCACGUUUCCCUGGACCAAGGUGAGGCAAACCUUGGUUUUAGAAAGAGCCUUGUUGCCUGCCGGUAGUUGAAGGACUGUGCCCACAAAUGGGUCUUUUUCUGUUGUUUGGAUUUCUCAAAGCCUUGGCUCCUGAGAAAGGUGAGGAGGGCGGUCCAAAAAGCCAUUGACUUCUUUAACAAGUACAAUUUGUUCCCCUGCCCUAUGAAUGGAACAAGAUGCUGGAUUGUCCUUGGAGGAGAGUUCAGAUGAAUAUAUGGGUGUACCUCACUUACACAUAACUCUGUCCCUGCAAAACUGCAUUUAAAUCAAAUCCCAAAUUCCGUGACCUGGGACAUUCAGUAUUUAAUGAAACCCUAUGGAGAUUCCCUUUACAAUGUGAAUACUCAUCUCCUAAUUUAUUUCUUCUGACUUUAUGUUUUUCUGUAGCCUGGAUUUUUUUUAAAGCACAUUAAACUUACAGAUAUGAAAAUAAAGCAGAAGCAAACUUCUCCCCUCUUGCCAGAAAACCAACAUGUGUUUACAAACAGAAGAAGGAAGCCACAAGGUCACUUCCACAAAAUUAUCUAUUACAUGGACCCAAAAUUUAGACUGGAAUAUCAGUCCUUCAGGGCUGCUGGCAUUACCUGUCUGCAGAACAGUGAAAUAGGUCAUACUGCAUUGUGGAAUCAUGUAAAAGGAAAAAAAAGUUUCAUGGUGUCUGUUAGUGGCAAUAUUUGUCUCUCUGUCACUUUUUAGUUAAAUGUUUAGAUCUUAGGGAAUAAAACUAAAUUAGUGCCUACAGUUAACUUACUCAUCUCUUGGUAAAAGCUAAAUCUGCAGUUCUCUCUGGUGCCUGCAGGUUCCCCUCCCACAUAGCAGUGCAGCGUGUCCUCACAUUUCUAGCGCCCGAGACUGUGCUGUGGGACUGAUCUUAAAGAUAUAUGCAUUGACUUGACAAGUUGUUGAAUGAGCAACAUAUUCAAUAGGUGUCACUGUGUGCCUCCUCUGUGCCAAACAUGUGGCUUGGGGCCCUGGGGAAGACAGAAAAAUGUAUAAGACAAGGUCCUUCUCUUUAGGGCUCUUACAAUCUGCCACUGCCAAGAAGUAAAUAGUGACCGAUGAAACAAUUGGCAAUUUGAUUAAAGUGACAAUUCUUAGUGAUGCCCCAAAUCAGUGAUUAAGCCAGUUGAUGCAAAGCCUGAAAUAACAGGAGUUUUCUCCUCGAUUUAUUAUAGGGGUCCACAGUGACUAGUUAUUGUGGGUAGGGUCUGAGAUUAGUUUUAUGCAGGGUUCUGCUGUAGACGUAAUUUUACAUUUGAUCAGUACAGUUAGCUAAGUCAUAAAGCAAGUUUUAACUCUAUGUGCAUUGUUGCAGACGCACUUGAAAAACUCACUUAAAUCUAGAUGCUUCAAUUUUCUCUCUCCCUUAAAAGGAGAAUUUAUAAAUGAAAGCUGUGGAUAAAAUUUCUUUGUUAAAGUGUUACAGUGUGGGCAGAAUUGUAAUUACAAAAUCCCAGCUAUCCAAUUAAGAUCAAAGAAAAUUCUGUUCUUAGAAUGGUUUUUUAUGAGAUCUUGGUCUUGUUGGGAAUCUGCAUGGGGCAGUGAGAGAGUUUAGGUUGUGAAGGUAAUCUAGUUUAGAUUUGAAUUCCAGCUGCAUUAUUGGUAAUAACCCUGAGCUUCUGCUUCCUCAUCUGUAAAAUGAGGGAGGAAAAUACUUCACAGUUCAUUGUGAGCGUUUCAGGAAAUAAGUGACAGUCACUAACACCUAGCAGGCACCCAAUUGAUGAGAUGGACAUACAUAUUUUUUCCUUCUUUGCAGUGAUUUCAGAAUGUCCUCAUAUCCAUUUAUAUGCCUAAAAUUAAAUCUCAAGGAGUAUUAUAGGAUAAAUCUGAAAUAAAAAGGAAGGUGCCUCAUAUUGUGUAUUUCGGAUGAAUCCCUAAAGCUAAGUCAUAUUUCAAGAAUCAUCAUUACCAUUUAGAUUAAGCUUGAAUUUGCAGAGUAGAAAGAAGCAACUAUACUUUCUUUGAAAAGAUUUUUUUUUUUGCUUUGGUAAAGCUGUAUAGUUAAGUCCAUUUAAAUCUAACCAUAUAUUUAUUAAAUAGUUAGCAUGAGAAAGUGUAAUUGCAUUUUUAUUCAUGUGCAAGUUUUUAGUAUGGAAAAACACUUUUAGGUUAAUCUCAUCAAAGAGCAAGAGAAAUGUGGCAACUACUCAUUUAUGUUAUUUCUCAUAUUCUAAAUUGAGUAGGUUCAAAUUUAACAUAAUACAGAAGUGCAUAUGAAUGCAUCGUUUAUAUUUCAAAAUGUAUUUCCUGUGACUGUCAUGCUGUCUUUGAAGGCAUAAGCUUUUCUUUCAAAUUUAUUACAAAUUUAAUUUAAUUUUUAGUACCUGAUAACUCUAAUUACGUGAGUGUCCCUGGAAUGAUAUUUGCAUCAGAAGACAGUCUGACUUUCUUUCAUUAUUCACCUUAGUGGAGGUGAGUAAUGUGAAUGCAGGUGAAAGAACCACAGUGGAGGUUCUUUCUCCACUUUCCAGAUUCUUCCCUGGUAGUAAUUUCAGGGAGACAGGGUAGCUUCCUGGAAAGAGCAUGCAGUUUAGAAUCAGAACUUAGGCAUGUGGCUCUUCCACUUUCUGCCUCUGUGGCCUCGAUUAGGCAAGUUACUUAAACUCUCUGAGUUUUAGCUUCCUCCUUUAUAAUGCAUGAAUGCCCCUGCAAAACUAGGAUUAAAUGUGAUGAUGUAUGCCAAGGUGCUUUGUACAUUGUAAAUUGCUAUACGAUUACAGGAUGCUCUAAAUUUUCAGGGCACUAGACCAGGAGUUGGCAAACGUUUUCUGUGUAGGGCCAGAGAGUAAAUAUUUCAGGCUUUUCAGGCCAUGCAGUCUGUGGCCCCCAACUCAGCUCCACUGUUGGAAAGCAAAAGCUCACACAGAUCAUGCAUAAACAACUGGGAUGGCUGGAUUUGGCCCAAGAGCCAUAGUUUGCCAACUCUGCUCUAGACUUUUAGAGAUGUAAGGAAUUUGGGAAAUGACCUGGUGGGGGUUUCUUAGAGGGGAUUAAAGCAUUGGGAUUUAAGAAUUCUAAAGACAGAUAUUCCUGGGUUCCUAGACCAGCUUUGCAACAUUUCCUAAUCGUUUUGAUCUUGGGAAAAUUAUUUUAGCUUUUUGUGUUUUAAUAGUCUCAUCUCUCAUUAAAGGUAAUCAUAUAUAAUUUAUGGAGGUGUUGAGAGGAUUAGACAAGACGCCGAAAGUACUCAGCACCUUGAGAAUGUUAGCUGUGAUUUCUACCAGUCCAUAUUACACAGGAAGGAGCCAAGGUCCAGACCCACUGAAGGACUUGCCUGAGCUUACAGAAGUAGUGGGAGGACCAGCCAAGCUUGUGCAAACCACAACACCUUCGAGUCUCUGUCACUUGUACUGCAAAAUGAAGGGGUUGGGCAAAAUCAUCUCUUGGGACCUUCUUGUUCCACUUGCUGUCUUUCUACUAAGUGGCACCCUAGGGCUUAAAGAGCUAAUUCACUUCCCAAUGUGCCUUCCUUACCGUCUGGAACCGACCUAAUACACAGGAGCAGUAAACUAGCAGAAAUCCAGGCACCAGAGAAGGAAUCUGAUUUAGCUUUAAAAAUAGAUGUACACACAUAUACAGUAUACAUAUAUAUUUUCUUAAAGCAUCACAUGCCUCAGAUAUGAGGGGGAGGAUCCAAAUCCUUAGUAAUUAGUUUGGUAAAUAAUUGCAUUGUAUAUACAUUUCAAGUCAUUCUUGGAUGUGUCUCAGGGGCUUUUGUGCUACACAUUCUUUUAACAAAUCAAGUAUUUAUGUACAUGUGUUCUGAUUUUUUGACAAACUGAUUAAAGUAAUGAGAUGGAAAAUGA